AUGUCGUCUGCACCAGUGACCAGUGAUGCGCAGACAUACAUCAGCUCGGUGAAAGUGAUGACGGAAGGUCCCGAACACGAGAAAAUACUCAUCACCGACGCGACUUCCUCGCCACUAAGCUCCGUACCAAGCUCGCCGCCUCCACCCCCAGAUAUGGCGGCAGACGAGAAUGUGUUCGACUCAUCAGAGGCAAUGCCCCCGCCUGACAGACCGCUAUCCAGAGGGCCAUCCAGGCCGGGCAGGAAGCGUUCCAAUGAUGAGAUGCUAGAUGACACCCAGUCUGUCGAGCAUCUGCAGCCUGUCGAUCGCGACAUUGCUCAGCUUGCCCAACAGGGCAAGAACGAAUUCCAAGACAUUGACUCUUCAGCGGCGAUGAUGCCAGACUCACAGACACAAGGUCGCUCACAGAUCGAUCAUCGUGGAGAAGGACCGUUGACCAGCAGCGCGGCUCAUUCCCAGAAAGCACCACCUUCUGCUCAAGGACACAAGCCGAAGUUGAAGGCACCAAAGGCUGCUCGAGCUGGCACCAAAAAGGGAAAGAAGACCUCCCAGGCGCCAGCCGAGCACGAACUCGCCGACGACGAAAUCAUUGACGACAGUUCCACAGCGACUGAUUCGUCGGACGAUGUUGGCGAUCCACAGGACCCUAUCCAGGACUUUGACUGGGCCAGCCUCGCUGAUCGCUACCACCAACGGAUGGGAGAAUGCCAACAUAACGAAGAGGUCGUCUUGCAAGAGUUCGGCCACCUGAUCGAGUGCUUCCACAUUUGGGCAGCAUCUGGACAUGCCAAAGAGUCCGAGAGGAGCUUCAAGCGCUAUAAGACGCAAGAGCUAUACGUCCACCAUGAGGAAGACGAGCUUGAGCGAAAGCGCCUGCACUACAUACAAGUGGUUGAAGCGUUCCAGAGUGCGCUGCGACUCCUCCAGGUUUGA